CAUUGCAUAAUGCAAUUUCAUCUAUUUUUAAUACAAAUAAAUGCUAACAAUUUUAUUAUAAAUUACUAGAACAUACUUUUGUCUAGCAAAAAGGAAAGAUUUAAUUUUGACAGCAGUUUUUACGAUACUUUGCAAUACCGAAACGUUUCUCAAAUUCUCUUGUACAUUGACAUAGCGACUACACUACGAGAGGUGUAUUUUUUGUUUACUAAAUUACUACACUUUAAUGUGACUUUAUUUGAGCUAAAAUUGUUUAAUUGUAGUAAAACAAUGCAUACUGUAACGUCGUUGGACGGUGAUAUUUACAACCAUGAAUAUUUCCUCCUUGAAGACGUAUGCCGACUGUGUUGGAAAAGGAAUGCGACUCAAGAAAUAUCGUGUAAAAGUGAAAACAAUGAAACAGGAUACAGUAUUUCCCUUUUAGAUCAAAUACGGGACUGUCUGGACAUUAUCCUGUCUCACGAAUGCCGUCCAAACAAAGUUUGUACUGGUUGCAGCGACGAAGUGAAAAGAUUCUACGAAUUUAAGAGAUUUUGCGUAGAAACUGAUGGUAAACUUCGCGAAAUUCUUCAGAACUAUGUUAUAACUCCUGAAAAGCCAUCUAGCAACAGUGAAUGUUAUGUAAAAGUAGAGAAUGAAGUUAUUACAGAGUUAGAACAGGACGAAUCUUUCGACGACUUUUUAGAAUCUCUCCAGCAUUCAGAUUCGAGCGAAAACGCGAAUAAACAAAAGAAGGUUAAGUUAAAACAGACUUAUAAGCCAAAAAGGUCUCCUACUUAUUGUAAUAUCUGUAGAUUAGACUUCAAAACAGUGGAACAAUUUUCCCUUCACAAUUCUGAGAGUCAUGGGAUAGAAGGAAGUUUCUACAAGUGCUUCGGUUGUGACAAACGCUUUAAAAGCCCUAAAACUCGUAUAGGGCAUGAAAUAAACUUCUGUAAAGGCUUAAAAGAUGGGUACAGGUGCACUUUAUGUGACCGAUGCUUGCCGAAACGGAGAAUGUAUGAAGCUCAUAUGAGAGACCAUAGAGAUAAUGUAAGCAUAGAGUUACCGGAGGAACUGUUUAAGUGUAAAAAAUGUUGCAUCUCGUUUAAGACUAGAGAAGAUUUGAAGGAACAUGUGUUGGAGCAUGAGACUGCCAAGAAAUAUGUUUGUGAAAGUUGCGGAAGAGUGUUCACCCGACAAGACUACCUGCACAAACACAAACUGACGCACACCGGCACUAAACAGCAUGUGUGUCCGCACUGCGGGUUCAGGUCUACGCAGAGAUCUUCACUCAUCGUCCACAUAAGGAAACACACAGGAGAAAGACCGUACAGCUGUGAUAUGUGUCCGCAGCGAUGCAUCUCCAGCUCAAACUUACGUGCACACCGCAGACGACAUCUUGGACUUAAGAAGUUCCAGUGCACAAUAUGCGACAAGAAAUUCGGAUACAAAUUGAGUUUAGAAGAGCACAUCGAGUCAUCGCACCAUCGCUCGCAAACACACCCGUGCCCGCAUUGCGGGGCCCACUAUUCCCGGAAGCGGGGUUUAAAGCGACAUCUAACGGCGAAACACUGCGAUGAAAGUGAUAAAGUUGAGAGUUUGCUGAAGGUGUUGUAGUCUACUUGACAACAGAUGGCGCUACUGUACUAUGGCUCACAAACACCGCACUGCUCUCCCAAGCAGGGCUUGAAGCGACAUCUGACGGCGAAACACUGCGAUGAAAUUGAUAAAGUUGACAGUUUGUUGAAGGUGUUGUACUACUUGGUCAUAGAUGGCGUUAUUUACGCUAACACUCCUACCUCCAUUCCGGGAUAAGUUUAAUGUAAAGCGUCACCUGCGGGCCGAUUUUUGAGUCUCACGCGUUUGAAUUCAAAAAAUUAUCACUGAAAAUAAUAGGCAAGUCACCGUUUUCAACCGGUAUUUUAGUGACAGUGAGACUCAAAAACCGGCCCCCUGACAGUAAAACAUGCAAGAAUCAACCUUAUGACAACGGUAUUAAAGCUAUAGUCAGUGUGAUGGUAUUAUAAUUACUCUACUCGAUCACAGAUGGCAUUAGAAUAUUGGGACGUGUGUUCAAAAUAUUAAAUACCGCGACACUUACAUUUUAAUACUGCUACUCGUCAAUAGAUGGCGCCACCAUAUGUGAAUUGUAAAAAUACUGUAGGUACGUUAGUUAUGAGAUUGACUGAUUUAUAACGUAUUUGUUGUAUGAAAUUUAAGUUAAAUAUGCAAUAAUUAUACUUUUUAAGAAAUAUCCUUUUCACUCUUGAUCACAUGUUUAAGAAAUCACUAUAAGAAUUUCUUUUGGAAAGAAGUUAAUUAUAAAAAUAAAAACAUGUUU